AUGAACAAACGCGGAAGUGAAUACUCAAAACGAUACCGCGAAAAAAAGAAAAAAGCACUCUUUGAUUCGCAGAAAUUAAUUGAAUCACUUGAGGAACAAAUUCGGCAAUUGAGUAUAGAAAACACUUCUUUGCGUAAUAAGAUACAGAAGUUGGAAAAAGAAAAGGACUCCAUUUCGUUAUAUGAUCAAUCGAGUAAAAACGUUAAUAUUUCAUCUUUUAAUCAAGAACUAAAUAAUACUAAUCUUAAUACAGAUUCCAAAACCCUGUUAUCUUCGCCGGAUCAAGAAAUUAAUAUUUCGUUGUCUAAUCAAGAACUAGAUAAUUCAGCUUAUAAUACUGUUAAUGGUAGCACAUCUCUUUCUGUUCCACCGAAUCGAGAGAUUAAUAUUUCGUCGUCUAAUCAAGAACUAAAUAAUUCAGCUUAUAAUAUUACCAAUGGAAACACAUCUCUUUCGCCCGAUCAAAAUCCAUUCUCUUAUGUUUCUCCACAGAAUCAAGAGAUUAAUGAGACUAACACUUCGUCUAAUCAAGUGCUACCUUAUACAGAUUUUACUAUUAAUGUAAACACACCUCUUUUGCUUGAUCAAAGUUUAAAUGAUUCAUCUUUUACUACUUUAUAUUUAAAUAAUCUUUUUUAA